AUGUUCAGGAACACUUUUCAGAGCGGAUUUUUAUCAAUCCUACUCAGUGUAGGAAGCAAACCAUUGCAAAUAUGGGAUAAAAAGGAACGGUCAUAUAAAACGAAUUACCGACAACGACAUCCAGUCAUUAGCAUAAAACUCCCGUUUCUUGUUAUGAUUAUCAAAAACCUGAAGAAAUAUUUUACUUUCGAGGUUCAAAUCCUCGAUGAUAAGAAUAUUCGAAGGAGGUUCCGGGCAAGUAAUUAUCAAAGUACUACGCGCGUGAAACCAUUUAUAUGUACUAUGCCAAUGAGACUGGAUGACGGCUGGAAUCAGAUUCAGUUCAACUUGUGUGAUUUCACUAGACGAGCUUAUGGAACCAAUUAUGUUGAAACGCUUCGCGUUCAGAUUCACGCAAACUGUCGCAUCAGGAGAGUAUAUUUCAGCGACCGACUGUAUUCCGAGGACGAAUUGCCAGCGGAUUUUAAGCUAUACCUUCCACAGUUAUCAACUCAAAUUCAAGAGUCACGAUUAACUUCAUACGAGUAA